GUGCUGUGCGAUGACGAGAAUGGGAUAACGUGGGCAAAGCGGAAUCUCCUGCUGAGGGAAAUCCUUCCCGCUGCAAUUAAACUACACAGAGAUCGUCUCAUGGUUCAACGGGGGGAUGGCAAAUUUGUGACAAACAAGGUGUCGAUGGGAUCCUUUAAAGAUAAGUGCACUGAUGUUGUUAUUGGUGAGAGAUUAGAAAACAGGGGAUUCAAUGAUGCUGAUUUUGUGCUUUUUGUGGGUCUUGCUGCGUCGAGUCAAGACGUGAAAAUAUGUGCUGAGGAUCCUAUCUAUUCAUAUCGACCGAUUUCUGCUUACCUCACGUUUCAGCCGAAAGAGAUUGAGAAUGCAAGAAAAUUUGUUCGCUACGCUGCUCACAAAAUUGCGCAUGGACUUGGAUUAACUUAUGGACGUAUGUUGUCGCGUCACAAGGCAACUAAUGGUGACCUUUUUUAUGGCAACUAUGAUAGCUACCGUGUGAAAGUCAAUGGUAGAGUGACAGUUGAGGCGCAGAAGCAUUACAAGUGCUCCAAACUCAAAGGUAUGUAUCUAACUCAGAGAGGUCCUUUGGUUUCCAACCACUGGGGAUGGCACAUUGCAAAGGACGAACUGAUGAGUCCGUACACUCCUGACUCCUCCGGGAUGUUCUACACUAAUCUAACACUUGGAGCUUUUCAUGAUAUGCCCUACUACCGAGCCAAUUUCAGCAUGGCAGAACCCAUGAGUUGGGGGAAUCAAUCAGGCUGCAACUUUGUUGGAAAAGAGGGAGACAUACAACGAGAUAAAAUAACUAAGGAAAAUCCCAACAUGUUUUGCACUGGUGAAAAACAAGGGUUGCAGUGUACAUCUGACCGUUUUGCUCUUGGUGUCUGCUCCAAGAAGGAUACUCCUCCUAAGGCUAUCUCAGAGGAGUACCACUACUUUGAAAAAGAUGCCGGGAUUGGAAGGGGUGAUCUGUUCAAUGACUUCUCCGUCAUCAAGCCGUUUAAAGAGACUAUGUGCGAGAAUGGUAAUGAGACACUGAUGCCUGGCAGCAUUGUGGACAAGAUGUCACGGUGUCUGAGUGUAAAGGAUCCGCAGAUCAAGGAUGUAAAUGGAAAUGGAGUGACAGUUCAAGGCAUUUGUGCAAAAGUGAAGUGUGAGAAUGGCAAGGUACUUGUGCAUUACAAGGGGAACAAGGAACAGAAUGGGAAAGAAAAAUGGCGCACGUGCGAAAAUGAUGGCCAGCAAAUUAAUUUGGAGGGUUCAGUGAUCAGCGGUGGAACUAUUGUGUGCCCCAAAUACGAAGAAGUAUGCACGAAACUGCCGGAAACUGAUCCCCCCGCCGUUGAGUAUGAGGAAUAUGUGGAACCCCAAAAGAACAAAGAGAAGAAGGAAGAGGAGGAAGCCAAUAAACUGAGCAACUCGAGCGCAGAGUCGAAGCCGAACAAUGGCGCAGGUACAGAUACUAGGGUUGAAACGUCCAGUAAUAUCCAAGGGAAAAGUUUACCAGCAGCUUCUAAUCAGCCCAGUACUACAGCACAAAGUGCCACACAUGAAGAAGGCCGUGGAUCGAGAAAUCACCAUGAUGCUGAUACUACUUCUCAAUCCUCAUCUAAUCCCAAUGGGAAGAAGUUAACUGAGGACCAAAUGAAAGAAACACUAAAUCAUACGAAUGAUGUGAGACGUACUGACAGCAGCAUCAUGUUCUCCUACAUAGCCCCUCUUGCACUUCUUGUGGGUGUUGUUGGUUUUGUGAUGGUUCCAUGA